UCAAUUUUCAAAAAUUGUAAAAUUCCCUUCGUUGGAUAGCAGUGUUGUAGUCUGUUGGUUACUUGAAGGUGGUCUUAGACUGAGCUGGAAAUCAUGGACGACCCAAUGGACAUGUCGUUGGAUGAUAUCAUCAAAACAAAUCGGCCCGCCGGCAGAGGCGGCCGUGGACGCGGUGGGAGACGUGGUGGUGGUGGUGGUGGUGGUGCACGAGGAGGAGCAGCCAGAAGCGGCUCUUCCGGAGCAGGACCCGUCCGUCGUCAGCGUGGUGGCGGCAGUGGAGUCCGCUCAGCACCCUACAGCACACGCCGGGACCAAAGCAACGUAGAAAGUGUUAGUGAAUGGCAGCAUGAUCGCUACGAGGAAGUAGCUGCUGGUAAUGGAGGUCGUCGGCGUGAUGGACCCGGGCCAGCACCACGCUAUGCUGGCCCAAAGGCAGCUGACAGCAAUAAACUAGUAGUUACUAACCUUCACUUUGAGGUGUCCGACGAAGAUGUGCAGGAAUUAUUUGGUGAGUUUGGUGAUCUGAAGACCGCCAAGGUUCACUACGACAGCUCUGGACGAUCACUGGGAGCGGCUACAAUCAUCUUUGUACGGUCACAAGAUGCAGCCACCGCUUACAAGAAAUACAACAGAGUGCCCCUGGAUGGACAACCCAUGCAAAUAGAAUACUCAUCACCUGCAUCAGGAUCGCCUGCACCCGCCGCUUCCAGCGGUGCUCCUCGUUCUGUUGCCAGCAGGCUUGGCCAGAGAGCUGGCAACGAUAGCUCCUGGAGCACACCCAGAGAGCCGCAACAGCAGCGUUCAUUCGGCGGUGGCCGUGGCGGUGGUGGAAGUCGAGGCAGUGGACGCGGUGGUGGCCGAGGCCGUGGAGGUGGUGGCCGUGGUGGUGGCGGUGGAGGAUCACGCAACUCCAAGCAGCCAGUAUCUAAGGAGGACCUCGAUGCCGAACUGGAAGCGUAUCACAGCAAGUCAUCCUAGACCGUUGAAGAGGUGCCGUCGGCUCGGUGAGCGGCUAGGCGCCUGGCAACCAACCUGCUGCUGUCAUUGGCAUUAAGGAGAUAGAGACAUCAUACCGAAGCUACUUCCAUGCGACUCUUUUGCAGGUUCUCGUCUCCAGUGCUUUGACUGCUUGGCCACUUGUUCAAGUGCAAGUUUUCUUCAUUCCAACCGUCUUGAUCUGGCCUGUUGACAUUGCCGGCGCACAUCUUGCCUACAUGUACAUGUAGCUACUCCCGAGUAUGUCUGGCAGCUGCCGUGGUGGUGGUGAGUCGCCGUGCGUAUGCUUGGCGUUGCCCGUGCAAGCGGACUGUGUGUGUGUGUGUGUGUGUGUGUGUGUGUGUGUGUGUGUGUGUGUGCAUCUGUCGGUCUGUUCGUCUGUGCAUGCGUCUCCCCCACUUGCCGUGGUCUGCCCAGCAUCAUCUGGGGCCAGAGACAUCACCGUUUUCUUGUUUGCCAGUGUUCCAAUAAUGCAUGUCCGUGCAUUCCGGAAAUCAACGUCUUCGCGCAGCCUUUGGCUCUUUCUUUUCUCACGCAUUACGGCUGAUUGUCAUUUCGACCAAUGCUCCUCACAUCUCUCUCUCUCUCUCUCUCUCUCUCUCUCUCUCUCUCUCUCUCUCUCUCUCUCUCUCUCUCUCUCUCUCUCGCUCUUCCUUUCUCUCCGUCUCCAGUGCGCUCUCAAAUAGUGAUACUGCCAUGGCCCGGACAGUCCAGUAUUCUCUCACAUCUGCAUUUGCACUGCGAGCGUGUCUAUAUUAUUUCUGUGAAAGUUGUGUUUGCAUCUCCCUUGCAACUCUCUACAUGAGAGAGAGUGAGAGUUGAGGAGAGAUGUGCUUAGUGACUGUUUGGUCAACACGUGGAGUCUUCGUUGGACAGACUUUCUUUUGCUGACGAUAGUCUUCAUCUCUUCUAGUCUCCACUUUUCCCAGGUGGAAUUCUUUUAUUUUUCCAGUGUCUGUGUAGUGGUUUGCUGAUGGAACAAUACGUCAUCGUGCACGAUCGAACGUCAUGGAUUUGGACAGAUGAAAAAGA